GAGCUGCACUUUCCCAACUGUUUGGCCAUGAGGGAUCUGAAAUACACGGAGUUUCCGCUGCGAUUAAUCGGCUAAAGUUUGAGCACACACACACACACACACACACCUGCUGGGAUCCAGGAUUGAAUCUUGAAUAUCAGGAAUUUAGGUGCUGAAGAUGGUGGGAUCACUGUGGCUGCCCCUUUUGGUUCUGCUCAGCGGAGUUUCUUUGGGAGUUGUGGAACUGGAGAUGGUUCCUCAGCAUGGAGGAUCGCCUGCUACUAAGAACAUCACCCUGGCUGUUAUCUUGCCUCUCCAUAACACAGAGUACCCAUGGGCGUGGCCUCGCGUGGGUCCUGCUCUGAACUUGGCCGUUGAGAAGGUCAAUUCGGACCCUACGCUGCUUCCGGGUUACCGCAUGCGCCUCGUUUUCAGCAACAGUGAAAACAAGGAGGGUCUGUGCUCCGACUCGGUGGCCCUCGUGGCUGUGGACCUAAAGUUCGCCCAUGACCCUUGGGCUUUCAUUGGACCAGGUUGUGACUACGCGUCUUCCCCGGUCGCCCGCUUCACCACACAUUGGGAGGUGCCCAUGGUGACUGCUGGUGCACCAGCGAUGGGCUUUAACUUGUACUCUUCCAUCACAAACACAGGACCAACACAUGAGAAACUGGGUGAGUUUGUUUUGAAGAUGCACAGAGACUUUGGCUGGCAAAACCACGCAUUGUUCCUGUUCCACGACCAGAAGAAUGACGAUCGGCCGUGCUACUUCGCCGUGGAGGGGCCGUAUACAGAGAUGAGAGAAAAGAACAUGACGGCCGAACACAUCGUGUUUAACGAGGACGAGAGCGUGUCCUUCCCCGAUCUCAUCCGUGAUAUAAGCCAUCUAGCACGAGUUGUGUACGUUUGCUGUAAGCUGCAGACGUUCAGGAAGCUGAUGGUGCAGUUCAGGAAGCAGCGGCUUCCCCAGGAGGAAUACGUCUUUUUCUUCAUCGAUCUGUUUGGAGAGAGCGUGCGGAGAAGUCCGGCUAAGCCAUGGGCUCAAGGAGACGCAGACGAUCGCAUUGUCAAGGAAGCCUUUAAAAGUGUAAAGAUUUUGACCUACAGAGAGCCGCAGAAUGCAGAAUACAAAACCUUCGUGUCCCGAUUGAAGACAGAUGCCAAGAAAAUGUUCAACUUCAGCAUGGAUGACUCGCUGAUGAACAUAAUAGCCGGAGGCUUUUACGACGGAGUGAUGCUCUACUCUCACGCCCUGAACGAGUCCAUGAACCAGUCAGGACAGAAGCCGCAGGGUAACAUGGUCACCCAAAGGAUGUGGAACCGUACUUUCCAUGGUGUCACAGGGCUAGUGGAGAUGGAUAAGCAAGGAAACCGAGAAAUCGAUUUUGCUCUCUGGGACUUGACGGACACCGACUCCGGAGAUUAUCAGAUUGUGUCAGUGUAUAAUAGCAGUCUGAAGCAAAUGAUUCCGGAGACGGGGAUGAAGGUGUACUGGCUGACGGGUUCUCCUCCUCCUGAAAUCCCAGUGUGUGGCUUUAAGUACGACAAUCCUUCCUGUGUGGCCAGAACAGUCACAAUGCAUCAGAUGAUCUCGAUCGUGGUGUGCUUCAUCUUCAUCAUCAUCGUCACUGUCACGGUCUUCAUCUACAGAAAGGUGAAGUUGGAGAACGAGUUGGCAGCACAGCUGUGGAGAGUGCACUGGGACGACAUUCAGCUUAAUAACCUGGAGAAAGCCUUGCGUAGGACAUGCAGCAGAUUGACACUGUCAUUGAGAGGCUCCAAUUAUGGCUCACUGCUGACCAUGGAGGGAAAUGUUCAGAUUUAUGCCAAGACCUGUUACUACAAGGGAAACAUAACAGCUAUUAAGUAUAUCAACAAGAAGCGCAUUGAGCUCACCAGGACCGUGCUGUUUGAACUCAAACAUAUGCGUGAUGUUCAGAAUGAACACCUGACUAGAUUUAUAGGAGCCUGCAUAGAUGGCCCGAACAUCUGCAUCCUCACUGAGUACUGCCCAAGGGGCAGCUUACAGGACCUCAUGGAGAUUGAUAGUAUUACCCUGGACUGGAUGUUCCGGUAUUCUUUGAUCAAUGACAUUGUCAAAGGAAUGUCAUUCCUUCACAACAGUAUGAUCGUCUCCCAUGGCAACCUGAAAUCCUCCAACUGCGUGGUGGACAGCCGCUUCGUGCUGAAGAUCACAGACUAUGGGCUGGCCAGCUUUCACAAUGAUAGCAGCCUUGAGGACACAUACGCUUACUACGCACGUAAGUUGUGGACAGCUCCAGAGCUGCUGCGUGCAGAGAACAAGCCGGCAUGCGGGACUCAGAAGGGAGACGUGUACAGUUUCGGCAUUAUUCUGCAAGAACUGGCUCUCCUCAAGGGAGUUUUCUACCUGGAAAGCCCUCCACUCAGCCCUAAACAGAUUGUGGAGCGUGUGGCAGACGGACGAUGGCCGUACCUGCGCCCCCUGCUGUGCACUCAGAGCCACAGCGAAGAACUGGGUCAGCUGAUGCAGCGCUGCUGGGCCGAGGAACCUAGCGACCGGCCGGAUUUUAACCAGAUCAAAGUGAUGAUGCGCAAACACAACAGAGGCUAUGGCUCUAACAUCCUUGACAAUCUGCUCUCGCGCAUGGAGCAGUACGCGAAUAACCUGGAGGAGCUGGUGGAAGAGAGGACCCAGGCAUAUCACGAGGAGAAACGCAAAGCGGAAGCACUGCUCUAUCAGAUCCUGCCUCACUCGGUGGCUGAGCAGCUGAAAAGAGGUGAGACGGUACGCGAAGCCUUUGACUCAGUCACUAUUUACUUCAGCGAUAUAGUAGGCUUCACGGCUCUGUCUGCAGAGAGCACGCCUAUGCAGGUGGUCACUUUUCUGAACGACCUGUACACGUGCUUUGAUGCCAUCAUCGACAACUUUGACGUUUACAAGGUGGAGACCAUCGGUGAUGCGUACAUGGUCGUAUCAGGACUUCCUGUGAGGAACGGGAAGCUGCAUGCGAGGGAAAUUGCCCAUAUGUCUCUGGCCCUCCUUAAAGCUGUGCACACUUUCAGGAUCCGUCAUCGGCCCGAUCAGCAGCUCCGCCUGCGCAUCGGCAUCCACACCGGCCCUGUGUGUGCUGGGGUUGUUGGACUGAAGAUGCCAAGAUAUUGUUUGUUUGGCGACACGGUUAACACUGCUUCACGUAUGGAGUCAAACGGGGAAGCACUAAAAAUCCAUGUAUCAGAGGCAACGCGGUCCGUGCUACAGGAGUUCAACUGCUUCCAGCUGGAGUUGAGGGGAGACGUGGAAAUGAAGGAAAGGAAGGAUGAGGACCUACUGGCUCCUAGGAGAGAGCGUGGCCAGGGAUGUCUGAGCAGAACACUUGGGCAGAACACACAGGAGGAAGCCUGAAUUGAGAAAUACACAUACAAUCAUGUAGCAGAAAUGUUUAGAGGCACGAACGGCCUUGACAUCAGCGAGACACGAAGAACUACCGUGAUGAAACUGCAGGGUGGAGCUGCACAGGUUUGAGGACGUGAUGUUCCCGGGAAAUAAACUGAGAAUGGGAACCAUUUGCAGAAAGUCGGACCUUUCAUUUUCAUGAAGCAGGACAGCAUCAUCUAGUGGCGUGAAGUCAUAUGUCAUAUUGGUUUUUCUAGAACGGAUCAAGAGUUUGGGUUUUAGCUUUGAGUUUGGAAACAGCCCUUACUUAAUGUGUUCAAAAGUAUUUUCUGUUUUUUGUUUCCUUUUUUUUUUACGUGGUCUUUAGCAAAAAAAAGAGUGUUCUUAUAGACUGGCCUUUGUGUUUUCUAAUUUUAUAUCUGUGCCACAAGUGCUUGUGAAUUAUUUGUCUUAAGCAGGCAUGUGCCAAAAAUCCUAUUUUACAUACAAAAAAUUUAGAGAUUUUGUAAUGAUACCAUUCAAAAUUAAAACGAAAUAAAUUGUUCUAACAGCUGUACUUAAAAAUAUACACUAUAUGGACAAAAGUUUGUGGACACCUCACUAUAAGAUUCCUAUGUGCUUUCUGAACAUUCCAUAUUUAGACUCUAUUUGCUGCUAGAAUAACCUUCAGUCUUCUGGGAAGAUGUUCCAAUAGACUUUAGAGAUUUGAUCAACAUCAGUGUUAUUAAAGUCAGCUAGUGAUAUAGGUGAGGUAAGGAGGCCUGAGGUGCAGUCAGUGUUCACAUUCAUCCCAAAGGUGAUGAAUGUGCUCUAAAGCAGAAGAUCUUCCACUCCAACCCAUGUAAAGCAUAUGUUCAUGGAGCUGGAGCUUUGUGCACAGGGGCAUUGUUAUACUGGAACAGCUUUGGGUCUCUUAGUUUAAUUGAAGGGAAAACUUAAUUCUAAUUCAAAGACAUACUAUACUAGGGUUAGAGAAGAACUAAAUAUAGUUGUAAAAGUCAAGUGUGCCAAUUCUUUUGUCCAUAUGGUGUACAUCAAUAUAUUGGUCUGAAACUCUGUAAUUGAUUGAUCUUUUAAUGUGCCCAACAUUUCUGUAAAUAUUCACGUUUCUAAAUA